AUGUCAUCAAAUAGCAACCCACCCUCCUCAUCAGUCAAACACGCCAACACGGCCCCCACACACCCAGACUUCCAACUCCCCUGGACGCAAGCCAUCCUAACCGACCCCGAAACCAAAAUCUACAUGCCCACAUCCUGGCAAUCCAACCAAGUAAACAACCGCUUCAUCGCCGAAACCCUCUCGAGCCCCACCGCACUCAAAGCACACAUCUUCCUGCGUCGCCCCUGCGCCGAACCCACCUCCCUCUCCAAAACCGAAGACGUCUACCUCCUCUCCAUCGGCCCCGGCCUCGACGGCGCCGCGGGCCGAGCGCACGGCGGGUUUAAUUCCCUGAUUCUGGAUCAUAUCACGGGGACGUGUGCGCAUCGGGAGGGCGGCGGGACGGAUCCGCCGCCGGCGACGGCGUAUCUGAAUGUGCAGUAUAAGGCGCCUGUGGGGACGCCCGCGGUUCUUAUGGCGAGGGCUUGGGCGGAGAGGGUGGAGGGGAGGAAGGUCUUUGUGAGGGGGCUUUUGGAGGAUGGGGAGGGGGGUGUUUAUGCUAGUGCGGAGGCGUUGUUUGUUACGCCGAGGGAGGGGGUGAAUGGCGUGAAGCUGUGA